CAGCCUAGCAGUAACAUGAGUGCAAAUAACGGUAUGAACCGAAUUUCGUUGCGUCGUCGGCAGAUCAUCGGAUAAAUUUCUUUUUCUGUUCUGCUCGCCUGCUGCAUGCGCUUCUCUUCUCCAAGUCUUUUCAACCACGUUUGCUGUCCGCCAGUCCUACGACCUACAAUUGUUUCACAGCUGGCACGCAGGAAGCCAAAUGAGCCGGCUUCUGAAUGUUCGGCGAGUUGCUGUGCGCGCUAUCAAGAUGCCAAUGCUUUAGCAAAACGAGAUAUCACCCUGGGCGCAUUUUCUCACGGCACUCGAGCGGCUACCCUCCCCCAUUCCCAAGGACCAACAAGAUCGGACUGAGGCCUAAAUCCCCGAACCAGCGUCUGCCACCUACGCGUCUCCGGAGAGGGGAAGAAUCCAAACAGGUUCCGCUGUUGCAAGCUUUGGACCCUAUUACACCAGUUGAAGCAGCGGAAGAACAGCCCGCUAAGCCGAGUGCAGUGGUCGAAGAACAGCUCUUUAGGCCGAUUGAAGCAGUCCGGGAUCGAGCAUCUCAAAAUGGGCUGCCCGUGGAGACUAGCGCUGUGUCUCCUAGCCCACGAACGGGACAAUCUCGAGACUUCGACGCCUCUGGAAGGCCCCAGCUGAUUCCAGUCCAGCUAUGGCGCGACGGUCCUGUUGUGACCGUUCGCUCUUCUGUUGGGGUUUCCAGGACAAGUAAGAAACCUCGGUCUCGAUACGUGACAUUCCCGAAGAGAUGGAUAGAACUGUACAAAAAAUUGAUCUUUCCCAAGGACGGGGAUCUGGUCAGGGCACAAGAGCGUGGAAGAAUUCAUCGACAAAGGGCGAUGAGCUUCGUUAGAUCCCACGAUGUCAAGUCUCUGCGCGCAGCCUGGAUGGACAUGGCUCUGGCUGAGAGAAGCAAGCUACUUCCAUCUAUACUUGCUGGUUGUCUCGCCAUUUCUGCUCGGAAAACCCUCAUGAUGCUCACGAUGCUCAAAGUCAUCCCACGCGAAUGGAGAACUCGCUGCGAGUGCUUGUGUUACCUCGACCUAGUAUACUCGGCGGAGAUCAAUGGUGAUCCAGAGCUACAAUCUUUGUUUGCCAGACAAAUCGAGUUGGUGUCAGCGGUGUCAACAUGGCCCAGAAAGUUCUCGAUGCCACGUGCGUUUCUUGUACUGUUACUUCACCACAAUGGUGUCCAAAACUGCGAAAACAUUAUCGACGCAGUCUUUAAAAUCCAAGAUGGGGUUCCAGCCCAACUCGUCCUGGUUAUGGUGGAUCAUUUCACGAGGAUCGGUAAUCCGGAUCGAGCAAUCGACGUGCUUUGGCGCAUACCACCAGAGCAAAGAGAAUAUUUCAGAAGGGAAAUCCUUCACCGAUUCACAAACCUCAUCAAACUGGACACAAUCGAAGAAGCGGGUGCUGUGCGGAAUUUCAGACUCCUGCCGAGUCUGGCAGGAUUUGAGCUACCAAUGAAUGAAAAGAUCCAUAACACCAUCAUCGACCGAGCCAUCACCCUAGGAAGACCCAACGUGGCAUGGGAGUUGUUCCGGUAUAUGGAAGUUGAAAACAUCAAUGUUGAUGCCCGAAGUUAUCUUGUCUUACUCCGCGACAGUUUCGAUCGCAACGACCACGAACGCCUCGACAAGAUCAUGUCCGCAGUCCACCAACGUGAAGAUCUGUACAAGGAUCCUUAUCUGGUCGUGUACAUGAUGCACGUUAUCAGGGUGGUUUGUUGCAUCGAUCGCAAGCUACUUCCCGAAACUUCGUUCUCUCACAUUCUUGCCAUAUAUGACAGAGCCUAUGAUAGGGGUCCACUGAUCAAAUUGGGCCUGGUUGAUGCACUUUCUGCUGAGCCAACCUCGCAGCGCGACUUACCUGAGCCGUCACCAGCAGUUCUCGGGUUUACGGUUUGGGCAUAUAUCCUGUGUCAACAGAAAGAAGGACCGGUGUGGAAGUUGUGGCACUGGAUUGUGCAUAUGAUCAAGCAACACGAUGCAUCCAUCUGUAAAGCUGCUGAGCACGACGUGCUGUAUAACGGCUUCAUUCACUUCUUCAGUCGCGACCCAUCGACCAUCGACCGAGGACUUGUGGUUGUCCAGGAAAUGAUUGAACUUCAACUCUGCGCGCCUACGAAACGCACCUGGAGCGAGGUCUUGUGUGGCUUCUUACAGUAUGGCGAUGAUGAGACAGCGGAAAAGAUCUGGCGCGAAAUGCUGACGAAUGAGAUGCGUUCCGGAAAAGAGGGGUGGGAGUAUUUGCUAACCAAGUUCGAUAAGUCGCGCGUGGCAGAGGAGAUCAACCAUGUAGUUGAUGAAAGACGGAUGCCAGAAGGUAUGGCAGCUACACUAGGCGAUGAUGCCGAGGUUAUCGUCACGGAAGACGCAACUCGCGAAGGCCAUCAAGCGGGCGGGGGCUGACUGAUCCCUUGACCUUUUCCAUCAUUCCCUGUACUACUAGAGAGCCUCACCCAUACUUCUUGAGAAGUUUGUACAUUAUCAGGUCAGCCACUCUUUAUCUCUGGCGGCGUCUAUAUAUACAGGACAAUAGUACCCAAAGUGGGCUGGUAUCGCGCUUGGACCACCAUGGAAUGUGCUGGCCUUCCUCUUACUUUGUGCUUUGGGCGGGGCCUGUUGAGAAGUGUAGCCAGUCGCGUUGUAGAGGAGGAAAUUCCGUGC